AUGCCCAUCACCCAGGACAAUGCCGUGCUGCACCUGCCCCUCCUGUACGAGUGGCUGCAGAACAGCCUGCGGGAGGGUGGGGACAGCCCCGAGCAUCGGCUCUGCCAGGCAGCCAUCCAGAAGCUGCAGGAGUACAUCCAGCUGAACUUGGCUGUGGAAGGGAGCCCAGACCCACCUGAUCAGAGUCCCCCAGAGAUGGAGAUCUGUACGGUGUACCUUGCCAAGCAGCUGGGGGACACCGAAACUGUGGGGCUCAGUUUUGGGAACAUCCCUGUUUUCGGGGACUAUGGUGAAAAGCGUCGAGGGGGCAAGAAGAGGAAAACCCAGGGACCGGUGCUGGAUGUGGGCUGCAUCUGGGUGACAGAGCUGAGGAAGAACAGCCCAGCAGGGAAGAGCGGCAAAGUCCGCCUACGGGAUGAGAUCCUCUCCCUGAAUGGACAGCUGAUGGUCGGAGUUGAUGUCAGUGGGGCCAGUUACCUGGCUGAGCAGUGCUGGAAUGGCGGCUUCAUCUACCUGAUCAUGCUGCGGCGCUUCAAGCACAGAACCCACGUGACCUACAAUGGCAGCAGCGGCAACAGCUCAGAACCCGGAGAGACUCCCACCUUGGAGCUGGGUGACCAAACCUCAAAAAAGGGAAAGAGAACAAGAAAGUUUGGGGUUAUUUCCAGACCCCCUAUCGACAAGGCCCCCGAAGAACCCAAGAGCAGCAGUGGCUGCGACGCGACAGACGACCCCAGCUCUGAGCUGGAGAACGGCACAGAGCCGGAACUUGGAAAUGGCCAUGCCUUUGAGCUAGAAAAUGACCCACAUUCUCUCAAGGAUGGACCCCAUCUGGAGAGGUCAGAGGGGGACGGAGGGGCAGAACUCAGAAUUCCAAAGACAGAAGCCUCUCUGGGCAACAGCAAUGACAAGCGCCGCUUCUCAAAAACCGGGAAGAUGGACUUCCAGUCGAGCGACUGCCUGGCACGGGAGGAAGUUGGCCGGAUAUGGAAGAUGGAGCUGCUCAAAGAAUCAGAUGGGCUGGGAAUUCAGGUUAGUGGAGGCCGAGGAUCAAAGCGUUCACCCCACGCUGUCGUUGUCACCCAAGUGAAGGAAGGAGGUGCCGCUCACAGGGAUGGCAGACUGUCCUUAGGAGAUGAACUGCUGGUGAUCAAUGGUCACUUACUGGUCGGGCUCUCCCAUGAGGAAGCUGUGGCCAUUCUGCGCUCGGCCACUGGGAUGGUACAGCUGGUGGUGGCCAGCAAGGAGAGCUCCACGGAGGACCUCCUGAGCUUAACCUCGAAGAGUUUGCCUGACCUGACUAGCUCAGUGGAGGAUGUGUCCUCCUGGACUGACAAUGAAGACCAGGAGGCAGACGGGGAAGACGGAGAGAGGACGGGCUCAGCUGCUGUCCGGGGCAUGAUGCCUGGUUCAGAAGAAUCCCAGGACGUAGGCAGCUCUGAGGAAUCCAAGGGGAGCCUGGAAAGUCCCAAACAAGGGAACAGUAAGAUGAAGCUCAAGAGCCGGCUCUCAGGAGGUGUCCACCGGCUGGAGUCUGUUGAAGAAUAUAAUGAACUGAUGGUACGCAAUGGGGAUCCCCGGAUCAGGAUGCUGGAAGUUUCCCGAGAUGGCCGGAAGCACUCGCUUCCCCAGCUGCUGGAUUCUACUGGGACAUCGCAGGAAUACCACAUCGUGAAGAAGUCUACCCGCUCCCUGAGCACCACCCACGUGGAAUCUCCGUGGAGGCUCAUUCGGCCAUCCGUUAUUUCCAUCAUUGGGCUAUACAAAGAGAAAGGCAAGGGCCUUGGCUUUAGCAUUGCUGGAGGCCGAGACUGCGUUCGAGGCCAGAUGGGGAUUUUUGUCAAGACCAUUUUCCCAAAUGGAUCAGCCGCGGAGGAUGGCAGACUCAAAGAAGGAGACGAAAUCCUUGAUGUAAAUGGCAUACCGAUAAAGGGCCUGACGUUCCAAGAGGCCAUUCACACGUUCAAGCAAAUCCGAAGUGGGUUGUUUGUCCUCACGGUGCGCACCAAGUUACUCAGCCCCAGCCUCACGCCGUGCUCCACCCCCACGCACAUGAGCAGAUCAAGCUCCCCAAGCUUCAAUACCGGCGGGGGAACCCCAGCAGGAGGAGGCCAAGAUGAAGGUGCUUCUUCAACUCUGGGUCGGAAGGCUCCUGGGCCCAAAGACAGGAUUGUCAUGGAAGUCACACUCAACAAAGAGCCUAGAGUUGGAUUAGGCAUUGGUGCCUGCUGCUUGGCCUUGGAAAACAGUCCUCCAGGUAUAUACAUCCACAGCCUUGCCCCUGGAUCAGUGGCCAAGAUGGAGAGCAACCUGAGCCGGGGAGACCAAAUCCUGGAAGUGAAUUCUGUGAAUGUUCGCCACGCAGCUUUAAGCAAAGUGCACGCCAUCUUAAGUAAAUGCCCACCAGGACCCGUUCGCCUGGUCAUCGGCCGACACCCUAAUCCAAAGGUUUCUGAGCAGGAGAUGGAUGAAGUGAUAGCACGCAGCACCUACCAGGAGAGCAAAGAAAGCAACUCCUCACCUGGCUUAGGUACCCCCUUGAAGAGUCCCUCUCUUGCCAAAAAGGACUCACUCCUCUCUGAAUCUGAGUUCUCCCAGUACUUUGCCCAUGAUGGGCAGGGCUCCCUGUCGGACUUCGUGGUAGCUGGCUCUGAGGAUGAGGACCACACUGGAAGUGGCUGUGACACCUCGGAGGAUGGCAGCCUGCUUUCUGUCCCCUCUGCUCACAGGGAGCCAGGGAAAGCCAGGGCCAACAGCCUGGUGACACUUGGAAGCCAGAGGACCUCUGGGCUCUUACACAAGCAGGUGACAGUCGCCAGGCAAGCCAGUCUCCCCGGAAGCCCACAGGUCCUCAGGAACCCCCUUCUCCGCCAGAGGAGGGUGCGCUGCUAUGAUGGCAACGAUGCCAGUGAUGGAGAAGACUUUGAAGAUGAGGGGGACUGCAUUUCACUCCCAGGCGUUCUCCCAGCCCCCAGCAGGCCUCCGACAGAGGAUGACACCAGGCCUGCCUUGACGACCUCUUGCAAAAGUAUCGAUGUGAGCAAGCGGGAGGAACGGCCCCAGAAACCACUGGUCAGCAAGGCCUGCUCCGUGCCUCUGCUUGGCAGCUCCCUGGACCUAGAGCACAGUGUCCGGGAUGGAAUGUUGGGUGCUCCCCCCAAGGCAGCCAGCCUGCCAGGCUCUGUAGAAACCCCCAAGAGUAGGCCAGGGGGCUCCGGGAGAAAGGAGAUGUCAGGGUCAAGAAGUUCACCAAAGCUGGAAUACAGAGCUCCUAUGGACACCCAAAGCCCAAGGAGCCCAGAAAACCCUACCUCCCCUCCACAGAAGAAUGAAAAUCUGGUGUCCAGGCACAAGCCUGUGGCCAGGAUCAGCCCACACUACAAGAGGUCUGAUGUUGAGGAGGCCCCAAGUGGAACAGCCAAUGGACCAUGUGGUCAGGACUUGAAAGUCCAGGCCCCUUCCUUGAAAGAUACUGUUGCUGGUCAUCAGCCAAGCGGAACUGCAGAGAAGGAACUUUGGGAAAACCCCACCCCAGGGGACAGCUAUGCCCCCACCAACUGUGGACCAGCCAGUACCCCAUGCCACCCAAACCCUGGACUCCCCACAGAGAGCCUGCAGGGAGCUGCUCCAGAGUGUGGGCCACGCCCUGAGACUGGAUGGGAUGUUUCCUCAGACCGCCUCCCUUUCCCAGGGAAGAGCAGGGAAGCUCAUCCUGACUCCAGCAAGACUUCAGUCAUCACAGAGCAAGGCCACCAGCCUGAGAGCUUCAGCCAGCCUGUGUCUCCCAGGACCUCGGAGCCUGAGCCCCAGGGCAUAUCUAAAAUGAAGACAGUCAGCCAUCUGAGUGUGUCUACCAGGGAGAAGGCCUCAUCUCCUCCUGACUUUAUCAGGGCUCCGGCUCCACCUGGGGACUGCUCUCCCAACACCAGGAGAGCAGCUGUCCCCAUGGGCAUAGGAACAACGGCAGCUACUGCCAUCCCUCAUGUCUCCUCGGUGCCCCAGGAAGAGAGUGGAGGCCCCUCAGGUCCCAGUGAGGCACUGGAAACAACAGGACUCUGCACAGCUAAAUGCUCGAAGGACGGCGCUCUGCAUGAAGGUGCAACUUCUAUGUCUGGAAAGACAUCACAUGCCAGCCCCUCUCUGCCAGUGACCCUGACUGACAGGAUGCCGUCAGGAAGCAGAGAGAGCCCUGUGACAGACAUUGACAACUUCAUCAGGGAGGCGUCUGAGGCAAGGUCUCAGUCUCCUCAGAAAGCAGACUGCAGGGCUCACCAGGGCAUUCUUGAGGGCCAGCCACCAGGUGAAUCUGGGGGUGGCAGUUCCCACCAUGCCCAGACAGUCAGCAGCGGCCAAAUAUCCUCCCCAAGGAAGACUGGGGGCACAGGCCCACCCCCGCCCCCACAGUGGGCCUUCCAGCCUUCCGUUUUGGAUUCCAUCCACCCUGACAAACAUUUUGCUGUGAACAAAAACUUUCUGAACAACUACUCUAGAAAUUUUAGCAGUCUCCAUGAAGACAGCAUCUCCCUGUCAGGCCCAGGUGACAGUACGGAGCCGUCGCUCUCAUCCAUGUAUGGUGAUGCUGAAGACUCAUCUUCAGACCCCGAGUCUCUUGCUGAAGCCCCACAAGCAGCUUCCAGGACCAGCUGGUCACCCCUUCAUUCUCACGAGUCCUCCCAUAAGGAAGGGACUAGUGAGUCUGAGGAUGAGCAAAUAGAAAUUUGCGCCACAAGCGGUCUCCCUGAGAGCCGGGUGGCCGCCCAUCCUGCCACCCAGGCUGCGUUCUGCCCGGUUCUACCGGUACAGCACAGAGCUCUGGGUGAGCCAGUGGGCGAUUCCUGUGAACGGGCCUGCUUCUUGCCAGGGGCCUCUCACACCUCCGCCCCGAGCUCUUCUCGGCCACUUUCCUUUCUAAACUCUCAGGAGCAUGAGACGUGGGUGGGCACACGUGCUUUACAGAGCUCCAGGCCCUCGAGCACAGACGAAAUCAAAGCCGUCACCAGCACCACCAGCGAGAGCUCAGUCGAGGGAGACGGCCAGCCUUCUGAAAUGACCAGGCAUUGUCACAACCCGCCAUUCACGCUUAGGAACCUGAAUGUGAUAAACGGCCUGGGUCGUGACCUGCUGGAUGAGGGAAGCCCAAAGGAAGAAGCAGCAGCCGCCGCUAGUGUGAUUCACAGUGCAUAUGCCCUCGGUGCCAAAGGCCCUAAGAACGGAGAGGCUGUUUUGGCAAACCUACACAUUGCCAAGAGUCAUGACCUGGAUGACUUGCUACAGAAACCAAAAACAAUCUCCAGGAGGCCCAUCAUGGCCUGGUUUAAAGAAAUAAAUAAAAAUGGCCAAGGCACACAUUCGCAGAACAAAUCUGAGAAGGAACAGUCCUCGAUGCUGGCUAUGAGUCCUGGCUCCAAAGCCCAUAUGGUGAACAGCAGCCACAAAAAGGGGGUGGCUGUGCCUAAAAGUCCUUCUCCAAUACAGAAGAGUCAGGAAAAUAAAGACCUGCCCCCCAAAAGUCCAGUGGAGACACUCAGCAACUGUCAGAAACCCAAGUGUGGCCCUAAGCUAAAGAGACUGAGCAGCAAAAGCAAAGUCAGUCCUGAGGCCCCUGUGGCUGGUUCUGUUAAGGCCAGUGGGACUGGCCACAAGAAGAGCUUGACUUCACCUCAGGCCUCCCAUAAAAUGCUUUCUAAGGCAGCGUCAUACUGGCUCCACAUAGCUGACCAAGAAGAGCCUAACAGCCCUUCUGUGGACACCCCAAAAACCCCCCAAUGCAUGUCCGAGAGCAAGCCACCCCUGGCUACCUCUGGGUCACUGAGGACCUCGGCAUCAGACACAAGCAUCAGAAGCUUCCCGUCACCCGUGACUUCUCCCAAGCCUCUCCCUGAGCAAGGUACAAACAGGAGGUUCCACAUGGCCGUCUACUCGGAAUCUGACACAAGCUGUCCACCCACCUCCAGGUCCCCUAGGUGUGGACCAGAGGGCAAGCUGCCCCAUGCUGACUCUGGGUCUGUGAGUCCGUCAGGGUCCAGGAGCAGCAUGGCCGUGGCGGGCAGCAGACAGAGCAAGCAGUUCACGCCCAGCCAAACGGACAUGCUGGUGUCAGAAGCAGCCCAGCCUGGGGGCAUGAGUGAGAAAAGAAGUGAAAAAAUUGCUAGUGAGCCUCUGGAAAGGACAAAACAGUUGAAAAUAGUUGAGAUUUCUCCUGAAAGAAUGCCAAAGAAGGCAUGUGGUGACAAGCCACUGGGCAGUGACAGACAGGGAGGGUUCUUGACCCAGAGCAACUGUCAGGAGAAGAGUGGAAUCAGGCCUCGGCAGCCACUGGACUCGUCCCCAAAGCAUCCGCCCUCCUCUCCCUCCCAGGUGGAGCAGCGGGAAAUGUGCUGCUCCUUCAGCAUGGCCAGACUGGCCUCCUCCUCCUCCCCGAAGCUGCCUGCCAAAACACCAGAUUCCUCCCAGGCCAGAUCCAGCCAGGUGCCAGGCUCCCUAGCGGUGCCCAAGAAUGGCGUACCCAUAGCCCCGGGAGGGGAGGAGCACCCUUACUUCACCCCGAGGCCAGCCACCAGGACUUACUCCAUGCCAGCCCAGUUCUCAAGCCACUUUGGACGAGAAGGUCCUUCCCCGCCCAGCCCAAGUCGCUCGCCACAGGCCCCCCAGGCCCCUGUGAUGAGCGGCAGUCUCUCUGAGGCUAACGGACAGGGUGUAUAUAGUGUGAAGCCUCUGCUGGAGACGGCAAAAAACCUGCCGCCAACGGACGGAGGGGGUGUCGGCGCAGUCCCUGAGACAACCUGUCUCAUCCCAGACAAAGUCAAGGUCACCAGGAGACAGUACUACUAUGAGCAGAACUGGCCCCAUGAAUCUACCUCGUUUUUCUCUGUGAAGCAGAGGAUCAAGUCUUUUGAGAACCUGGCCAAUUCUGACCGGCCUGCGGCCAAGGCGACCACAUCCCCAUUCUUGUCUGUGAGCUCCAAGCCUCCCAUUAGCAGGCGGUCGUCUGGCAGCAUCACUUCAGGGAGCCCUAGUGAUGUGACAGCCCGGUCACUAAGACGUAGCUUGAGUUCCUGCAGUGAAAGCCAGAGCGAGGCCAGCAGCCUUCUCCCGCAGAUAACAAAGUCCCCUUCCAGUGUGACCCUGAUUAUCUCCAGGCAGAAUCCACCGGAGACCAGCAACAAGGGCCCCGGCUCAGACCCAAAGAAAUCACUUGUCCCUUCGGGAAUCCCCACCUCAACAGUGACCCCAGCCUCACCCAUCAAGAGGAACAAGUCCUCAGUGCGCCACACCCAGCCAUCCCCUGUGUCCCGAUCCAAGCUGCAGGAGCUGAGAGCCUUGAGCAUGCCAGACCUGGACAUGUGUGGUGGUGAGGACUACCCCGCCGGCCCAGGCACCGUGCUCUUCAGAACCCAGCUGGAGAUCAUCCCCAGGUCACAGGGCUCCGCGGCCACCUCUCCAGCGGGCUCCCCAGCUAGAGGCCAUGUGGGCCUCGACCUCAACGGAUCAGCUUCCCUUUCCUGUCCUAUGAAUGGUGGGACCAGGGUCUACCCAAGAGGAAACAGCCCUCCAGCCAGUGAGCCUGCAGCAUCCAGUGGAGCCAGGGAAGGGGGCGAACCUGGGAGGGCCCUGCCUUCGGGGAAAAGCUGGUCCGUGAGUUUGGAUCAACUCUUCAACUCAGCAGGACACCAGCAGAGGUUACAGGCUGUUUUAUCAGUGGUGGGGUCAAAAUCUACCAUUCUCACUCUCAUUCAGGAAGUGAAGACGCAAUCAGAGAAUAAAGAAGAUACUUGCUUCAUAGUCUUGAAUAAAAAAGAAGGCUCAGGUCUGGGAUUCAGUGUGGCAGGAGGGACAGACGUGGAGCCAAAAUCAGUCAUGGUCCACAGAGUCUUUUCUCAGGGUGUGGCUUCUCAGGAAGGGACCAUGAGCCGAGGGGAUUUCCUUCUCUCCAUCAAUGGCACCUCCUUAGCUGGCUUAGCCCACAGUGAGGUCACGAAGGUUCUGCACCAGGCACAGCUGCACAAACAGGCCCUCAUAGUUAUCAAGAAAGGGAAUGACCAACCCAGGCCCGCCCUCAGGCAGGAGCCUCCCUCAGCCAAUGGGAAGGGUCCACUCGCCAGGAAGACCUUGCCGCUGGAGCCUGGAGCUGGGAGAAAUGGAGCUGCUCAUGAUGCUCUGUGUGUUGAAGUGCUGAAAACCUCGGCUGGGCUGGGACUGAGUCUGGAUGGAGGGAAAUCAUCCGUGUCUGGAGAUGGGCCACUGGUAAUUAAAAGGGUGUACAAAGGUGGUGCCGCAGAACAGGCUGGAACAAUAGAAGCGGGCGAUGAGAUCCUUGCUAUCAACGGGAAACCCUUGGUUGGGCUGGUGCACUUCGAUGCCUGGAAUAUUAUGAAGUCCGUUCCAGAAGGGCCUGUGCAGCUAGUGAUUAGAAAGCACAGGAAUUCAUGAAUUUUAACAACCACCUCCCCUAGAUUCACUUCUUUUAGCAAAUCAGAAUGACUUCUUUAAGUGAUGGGUUCUUGAAUCAACACACAGCUUAUUGUGCUUUUACAUGAAGCCCGAACUCCAGAAACAACCUACCUGGACCAUCAAGGCUGGGAAGGCAUCAUUUCAGUGCCUGGGAUCAAGAGCUGAUGUGCUCUUCAUCUGGAAGCUAGCUACACCUUCACAUCCUACUUGCCACCUCUCCCAGCAUCAGUCCUGGUGAAUAGGGACCAGAAGGAUAACACAAAUGCCCAGGUAAAAUGAUGUAUGUAUGUAGAUUUAUAUAAUUUUGUAAGUAAAUGACAUAGUGCUUUUAGGUACAUGCAGUGGAAGGCAGAGGUAUGGGUCUAUGUAUGUUACCCUGAAAAGUAAAAUGAGAUUUAAAGAAAAUGAAUUUAUGACCUAAUUGUUAGGCAGAGCUCAGGAAUUACCCAACAGUGAAAAAUGACGAUUUUAAAAAGUGCUAUUUUUUAAUGAACAUAAUGUAUGGUACGGGCUGGGAAGUUGUGAUUGUUUUGUUUUGGAGAGUGUUAAGUCAUAAGGCUGUUACAGAGUGACAGCUCUGAUGAAUUGCAAUAAAUAGCUGUGAGCUUCCCUGCUUGGAAGGAGGAAGUUGUAGCCUGAAAGCACCUUGCAUCCAAUUUUCAAACUUGAGUAUGUUUGAAUUCAAGACUGGUCAACACAGGAGCAGGCAAAGUUGCCAGUGUGUUUCCGUUUUCACGUACAUACACCACCACCUUAAAGGAAUUUUUGAGAGUUAAAUCCUUCAACUUGCAAUCAUAGGUGUUCUGUGAUCCAAACUGAGGAGUGCCUGAGCAUUCUCUUGGAGAUUUGCUUGCUGGUUCUUCUCCCGUUCCCCACCAAACUUAAAGCAGCACAGAGUUCGCAGUCCAGCUCUCUUCCGACAGAGCUCUGCAGUGGUUCAACCUUUUGCUAUUUUGGUUUUUCCUGUUUUGCAAAUUCUUCCUCUUUCCAAAACUGGGG